UAUCCAUCCAUCCAUCCAUCCAUCCAUCCAUCCAGCUCUCCAUCCAUCCAUCCAGCCAGCCAGCCUGGCCAGGGAAGGGUAGUGAUGACGGUGACGUACUCGCGGAGGGUUGCUGACGCGGGGCUAGGGACCUUCUCUCAUCUGCUCCUCCGAUGGAAGGGGAGCAUCUACAAGCUGCUGUGGAGAGAACUGAUCAUCUUCACCACACUGUACUACUCCUUCAGCAUCAUAUACAGGUUUGUGUUGAAUGAGGGUCAGAAGAGGCUGUUUGAGAAGCUGGCCAUCUACUGUGACCGUUAUGCAGAACUCAUCCCUGUGUCCUUCGUAUUGGGUUUUUAUGUGACCCUGGUGGUGUCUCGGUGGUGGGGUCAGUUUGAGAGUGUUCCCUGGCCGGACCGGUUGGGUGCGCUGGUGGGCGCUCACAUCCGUGGUACCGAUGAGAUCGCCAGGCUGACCCGCCGCACCCUGAUGCGAUACGCCAACCUGUCCGGCGUGCUCAUCUACCGAUCGGUCAGCACGGCAGUCUACAAGAGGUUCCCCACCAUGAAGCACCUGGUGCAGGCAGGCCUGAUGACAGCAGAGGAACAUAGGCAGUUGGAGGAGUUGCCCUCACCUCAUAACAAGUUCUGGGUUCCUUGUAUGUGGUUUGUUAACCUGGCACUGAGGGCCCGCACCGAGGGACGCAUCAACAAUGAUGUGGCGCUGUCAGCCAUUCUCAAUGAAUUAAAUACAUUGCGGACACAGUGUAUGAAGCUAUACAGUUAUGAUUGGAUCAGCCUACCCCUUGUGUACACCCAGGUGGUGACAGUGGCGGUCUACAGUUUCUUCCUGGCGUGUCUGAUUGGUCGACAGUUCUUAGACCCCGCCCAGGGCUACGCUGGUCAUGACAUCGACUUCUACCUGCCUGUCUUCACCCUGCUACAGUUCUUCUUCUACGUGGGCUGGCUCAAGGUGGCAGAACAACUGAUAAACCCAUUUGGGGAAGACGACGAUGACUUUGAAACCAACUAUCUGGUUGAUCGUAAUUUACAGGUGUCCCUGCUGUCUGUGGAUGAGAUGUACGACACUAUCCCAUUGGUAGAGAGGGAUAAGUACUGGAACGAAUCAGAGCCCCAGCCUCCAUACACUGCAGCCAGCGCGGAGCAUCGCAAACCUUCCUUCAUGGGCUCUGCUCUGGACAUCAGUGUUCCCAAAGAGGAGAUGGAGUUCCAGUCCAACCUGGAGCAGAUCAAGGAGCAUGAGGAGGCCAACCACUCUACUCCUCUCCUGGGGGGUCUGAGUCGCCUCCUGGGGGUUCAGUCCCCCGUUUUCCCCCGCUCCUCCACCUCCUCCCGGGUUUCUCUCCUGCGCCGGCGCCCAGGGGCUCCAUUCAGCCGCUUCCCCCUCUUCCUGCACUCCGAGGGGGACCCCUCAACGCCGAGCCACGGCCCUGGUCCCCGCCACGACUCCAGCCACCCGGACUACGCCUUCUCCUCCAUGCCGCUGUAUGAGAGGUCCGGCUUUUAUAGCUGUCCCCAGACCCCCAUCCACUGUGUUCCCCCCGCUAUGCCUCGUCCACGGCCCACCCGAGGAACUUACACCUGGGAUCGCAGCUCCAGCUCGCUGGCUCCUCCGAUGGUUGGCUCUGGAGGUCUGCUGCCCCCUGAUACUCCAAGUCAUAUGCUCCCUCCACCCUCCUCUGCCUUCCCCUGGCUGAGUGAGGAGGGAGAGGGUCCUUGUGUUCCAGCCUUCUCCUUUCCUGACCCUGGCAACCUUCCGGAACUCUGCCCCAUAUCAAAGCUCCGGCCCGGGCAGGGCCUGCUGUCUCGACGGCCUCCGCCUCCACGCCUCUCUCUGGAUAACACACCGUUGGCCGAGGGCCUGCAGACUGGACCCAUCAGCCCACGGGGAGUGGGAGGUGGAGGAGAGCGGGUGUUCUCCUUUACCCCUCCCUCUCGCACCCCAGCUACCAAUCCCAACAGCUCCUCCUCUAGUAUCAAUGCCACCAGCACUAUCAACACCACCAACCCUAACACCACUACUCCAGCCAACGUCUUGAGUGGUACCAACACCACUUCUACAACAAACUUCUGCAAUGGUACCAACUCCAACACCACUACUACGUCUAACGUCUGCAAUGGUACCAACCCCAACACCUUUUGUAACCAUGCCAACUUCAACAGCACAAGAGCAGCAGGUAUCAACAGUGGAACCAAUGGUGGUCUAAGCAACAACGUCGUGAACACCAUUUCCAUUUCUGGAUCCUCUCAGCAAGAAGCCAAUCAGCAUCAAAACUCGCCAAACGAUUCAGGGAUUUCAUUGGCUGAGGGGGGCCCUCACUGGCUGGGAGCUCUGAACAAGGCCCCUGGGGGGCGGGAGCAGGACUGAAGAAGGAGGGAGAUGAUUGGACAAGGCCCCUGGGGGAUGGGAGCGUGGUUGGACAGACUCAGGGUUCAGAAGUAGUGUAAAUAUGACAUUUCUUCUUCAUGCUAUUCCAGCUAGUAAACCAGUACGAAAUCUACUGAAGAAAGACUCCUUUGUUUGCUGAAUCUCACGAGGCCUACAUACUGGAGGCCUACGUACUGGAGGCCUACGUACUGGAGGCCUACGUACUGGAGGCCUACGUACUGGAGGCCUACGUACUGGAGGCCUACGUACUGGAGGCCUACGUACUGGAGGCCUACGUACUGGAGGCCUACGUACUGGAGGCCUACUUGAACUACUGAAGAAUCUCUAUAUCAAUCAUCAACCCCUUUUAGAAAAGAUUGACUGAUAACAUUCUGGUAAGAGGUGCUAAGUACCUCAGCCGUCAAUAUCUCUGGUGUGUUUCUGCUAGGGUUGCCAGAUUCCGGUAAUUAUUAUUAACAUUGUCAGAAAUCACAGUUGGAGGAUUCCUGGAUUUCCUGAUUUCCUUAUUCUCUCCUGAUUCCAGGAUUCUUCCAACCAGGAUUCCUGGAUUUCCUGCUUAUUCUCUCCUGAUUCCAGGAUUCUUCCAACCAGGAUUUCUGGAUUUCCUGCUCAAUUCUCUCCUGAUUCCAGGAUUCUUCCAACCAGGAUAUCUGGAAAAUUGUAUUUGUCACGUGCACCAAAUACAACAGACUUUUCCGUGAAAUGCUUACUGACGAGCCUUUAACCAACAAUACAGUUUUUAAAAAAGUAAGUAUGAACAAUUUGCUCAGUAAACUAAAGGAAAAAUAGUAACACAAUAAAAUAACAUUAACGAGGCUACAUACUAGGGGUACCGGUACCGAUGUGCAGGUAUACAGGGUAGUCGAGGUAAUUGAGGAGGAUACACUGCAU